GCUCUCUUUCUCAAUGGGGUCCUCCGCUCCUUCUGGGAGAUCAGCGCGGACGCUUCCGGGUCACGAGGCGCUGACGCUGCGGGUCAUGUGACACAAAGAUGGCGGCGCCGCGGUAGCUGGCUUGGAGUUGUGGCGUCCAAAGAGCCGCGACGGUUUCUGCGCUCGGAGCGUGGGGUGGGGGGGAAGGGCGACAACGCCUGGUCGACCCCUGCGGCGGCCCGUAGCUCACGUUAGGCACCCGUUCCCGCCCGGGGGCUGCUGUCGCGGUGGCUGCGGGGGAGUGCCGGUGACCUCACUGCAGGUGCCUCGCGCUGGCCGCGCUCGCCAGAGGAAGAAGAGGAGGCGGCGGGCAGCUGGCCUCCCCAGUGUUGGGGGUUCAUGAGGGCUCCGGAGGAGCUGCACCAGUGACGGGCGGCGGGGACUGUGGUCUUCCGGCGUGUGAGAUAGCCUGGGACCCCUCUUGGGGGAGGGGGCACAAAGAAGGCGGCAGGGACUUCCUUCUCGGUGUCCAUUGACCCUCUCAAUGUUCUCCCCGUACACCUGGAAAUAUGAUCGGCGCCCCUGACGUGGUGGCCUACACCAAGGAGGACGAGUACGAGGAAGAGCCUUACAAUGAGCCGGCCCUGCCCGAGGAGUACUCGGUGCCGCUGUAUCCAUUCGCCAGUCAGGAAGCCCACCCGUGGUCCAAGCUGUCCGGAGCCAAGUUCUCCAGGGACUUCAUCCUCAUCUCCGAGUUCUCCGAGCAGGUGGGCCCCCAGCCCUUGCUCACCAUCCCCAAUGACGCCAAAGUGUUCGGCACUUUCGAUCUCAACUACUUCUCCCUGCGCAUCAUGUCUGUGGAUUACCAGGCCUCCUUCGUGGGCCACCCUCCCGGCUCCGCCUACCCCAAGCUGAACUUCGUGGAGGACUCGAAGGUGGUGCUUGGCGACUCCAAGGAGGGAGCGUUCGCUUACGUGCACCACCUGACCCUGUACGACCUGGAGGCCCGCGGCUUCGUGAGGCCCUUCUGCAUGGCGUACAUCUCGGCCGACCAGCAUAAAAUCAUGCAGCAGUUCCAGGAGCUGUCCGCCGAGUUCUCCAGGGCCUCCGAAUGCCUGAAGACGGGCAACAGGAAGGCAUUCGCGGGGGAGCUGGAGAAGAAGCUCAAGGACCUGGAUUACACCAGGACGGUGCUGCACACAGAAACGGAGAUCCAGAAGAAAGCCAACGACAAGGGCUUUUACUCGUCCCAGGCCAUCGAGAAGGCCAACGAGCUGGCCAGCGUGGAGAAGUCCAUCAUCGAACACCAGGACCUGCUGAAGCAGAUCUGCUCCUACCCUCACCGGAAGCUGAAGGGGUCUGAGUUGUGUUCUGGCGAGAUGGAACACGGCCAGGAAGAGGCGGAGCGGGCACCGGCUACCUCUCACCCUGACGAUGAACCGGCCCACGCUGACCCUUGCACGUGUAGACCCACCUACACCCCCAAACUCAUCAAAGCGAAGUCCACCAAGUGUUUCGACAAGAAGCUGAAGACGCUGGAGGAGCUGUGCGACACGGAGUAUUUCACCCAGACUCUGGCCCAGCUCAGCCACAUCGAGCACAUGUUCAGAGGAGACCUGUGCUACCUCCUGACCAGUCAGAUCGACAGAGCGCUUCGCAGACAACAGCGCAUGACCAACUUCCUGUUCGAGGACUUGGUGGAGGACGCCGACAGGGCGACAGAGCACCCAGGGCGCAUGCGCUCUCAGACCAGUCACGACAGGCCGCCCUCCAGGUCCCUGGAAGAAUGCCUGAUUCCGAAAGUGCUCGUCAGUGGUAGCUCCUACAAGUCCAGCGUGGAGUCCGUGCCCAUCAAGAUGGAGCAGGAGCUCAGAGAGGACGGGGACAAGGAAGCGGGCAGUUUUGACCGCCAGGAGAACUUGGACUACCUGGACAUGGACAUGAAGGGCAGCGUCAGCAGCGGGGAGAGCAUCGAGGUUCUGGGCACGGAGAAAUCCGCCUGUGUCCUGGCAAAGUCGGACAGCCAGGCCAGCCUCACCGCGCCCCUGAGCCCCCAGGUGGUCCGGAGCAAAGCCGUCAGCCACAGGACCAUCAGCGAGGACAGCAUCGAAGUCCUCAGCACCUGCCCCUCGGAGGCCCUCAUCCCUGACGACUUUAAGGCCAGCUACCCAAGUGCCAUUAACGAAGAAGAAGCCUACGCAGACGGCGAGGGAGCCAUCCACUUCCACGCAAGCCUCAGCCCUCCGGGGCUGCCAGAGGCCGAGGAGGGCGGCUUGGCCGCCGGCACCGCAGCCCAGGUGGACCCGUCCUGCUGUAUCGGGAAGGAGAGCAGCGCUCAGCUGCUGCCCCUGCCCGCCGCAGCCCACAUGCUGUCUGCCGAGGACGGGGUGGUGAGCAUCCCCCCGCAGCGCUGUAGGCAGAAGGAGCAGGGCUUCCACGUGGACUUUGCCACGGACAACACUGACCCGUCUCCCCGAGACAACAGCUGUGAGGGGUUUCCUGUCUAUGAGCUGGACCCAAGCCACCUGUUGGCCAGCCGGGAUACCAGUAAGACCAGCUUGGACAGCUGCUCGGACACCCACAGCUAUGUGGGCAGCAUAGCCUCCACGGGCUCGGAUCGGACGCCCACCUCUGCUCACCCCGCUGGCCCGUCUUCUGAGAGGCACAAAAAGAAGGCUGGCCAGAACGCCUUAAAGUUCAUCCGCCAGUACCCCUUUGCCCACCCGGCCAUCUACUCCCUGCUCAGCGGGAGAACGCUCGUGGUCCUCGGGGAAGACGAGAGCAUCGUCAGGAAGCUCGUGACGGCGCUGUCCAUCUUUGUCCCCAACUACAGCCGCUGCGCCAAGCCCGUGAAGCACUGGGUUUCCUCCCCUCUGCACAUCGUGGAUUUCCAGAAGUGGAAGCUUAUUGGCCUGCAGAGGGUGGCCUCCCCGGCCAGCGCCGGCACCCUGCACGCCCUGAGCCGCUACAGCCGCUACACCAGCAUCCUGGACCUGGACAACAAGACCCUGCGCUGCCCGCUCUACAGAGGCGCCCUGGUGCCCCGGCUGGCCGACCACCGCACGCAGAUCAAGCGGGGCAGCACCUACUCCCUGCACGUCCAGAGCAUGCUCACGCAGCUCUGCUCCAAGGCCUUCCUCUACACCUUCUGCCACCACCUGCACCUGCCCGCCCACGACCAGGAAACGCGCGAGCUGGUUGCCAGCCGCCGGCUGGGCUUCCUGCAGCUGAACCUGGGCCUGGUGAACGAGGACGUCAGGGUGGUGCAGUACCUGGCCGAGCUGCUGAAGCUGCACUACCUGCGUGAGGCCCCUGGGGCCGGCCCCCCCCCGCUCAGGUUUGACUAUGUCCCCAGCUUUCUGUACAAGAUCUGAGGCGGUCCCAGCCCAGACCAGGACCUGUGACUCGG